CAGGAGGGAGGGACGGAGGAAGAGAGCGAGAGAAAGGUGUUUCAUACAUGCACUUGUGCAGGAGACGUCAUCRACACAGUACAGGAGUUAAAACCUAUGCCUUUAUGAUGGAUUCAUAACUUCAACCCAACCGUUCUCUCCAAGCAACAUGUGGGCCUCGUGACUUUUUUGGUUCACCGUUGCUGCAAUCUCUCGCCCUGCACCUGAAAUAGACAGCUGAUACACAGAAAAGUAGAGUGAAGCGCAGGGGAGGAGAAAACGGAAGAGCGAGAGAGGAAGAGAAGGGCUGUGUCUUUCCGGCCUAUUUGCACACAAGUGCACCCUAGUGAACCACAAGCCCAGCAACCAGGAGAGACAGCAAGAGAACAAAAGUUUGACUACGUCAAUUCACUUCAAAUGCUUAACACUCAGUCAAACCUUAGAUUGUUAACAAGAGCAAGGCCUGAAAGAAAGGGACAAUCCGAGAGCAGUGAAGAUCAAAGCCUGACACUCAAUUGUAGUCAAACCAAGAACCCCGGUACCUGAUGUACAUUAUUCUGCUCUAGACUUGUACAACAAACCUCCAAUACCUUUCAAGCCACAAGGCUGUCGCUGACGCACCUCAGAGAGAGGAAGACAAACGUCCUCUGAGAGAGGUCAGCAAAACCCUUUUAGUGACUGUUGACCUCCGUGACCCCUCUCAGUUCUUGCCCAGUAUGGAGUGGGUACGACUGACGCUCGGGGCUAUGCUCCUCUCCCUCUCUCUGCCCAGUCUCCCUGCCCAAGAUAAUAUCACCGUACCUGAAUAUAGCAGCAUGGCAACACCUACUAAUGACGACGGCACGAUGGCAGCCUCUUCACCUGAGGCCACCACCAAGACAACGACUGCUCCUGUGGCCGUCACUACAGCACAGCCCAUCACUGAAAUCACCCUGGUAACUUCUGUUUCAGUACUUGCCAUAGAUGCCCUCACUAUAGUAAUAACAGACCCUGAGAUCACAACCGUUCAGGAGCCCACCUCUGAUGCACCAACUACUACUACAGAGGCUGAGACGAUGACACCAUCCCCUGUGAUCACUGAAGGGCCUGUAGAUACGACCACUUCACCUGGCCCUAAACCCAUCACCUCCCAAGACAUCCUGACUACCACCUCUUAUCUCCCAACCACAUCCCAGGACCACCUGACUUCUGUUAUCCCAGUCUGGCCCCUCCACACCACCCCUCGUCUGACGAAGGACUCCUUUCCUACACCUGAACCUAUCCACACUGCCUCAGAGAGUACUGCCAGCCACACAGAGGGACUUACCCCUGCACCCGCCUCCCCAUCGGUCAACAGCGCUCCCAGCCAGUUCACAACCCCCGCUUCGACCCACACCUCCACAGAUCCAGACCCUACGGUGGGCAGGGUCAAGGAAAGGCCGCUCAGCUUGUUCUGGGUCAUCAUCGUCGGUCUCCUGGUCUGGGUUAUAUGCCUGGGAAUGUUCUACUGCAUAUAUCUGGGCGUCAGACGAAAGAGGCAGUGCCGCACCGAGUACUUUGGGUCCAGCGUCCAGAACGGGAAGAGUUCCAAGCGGAAGAAAGGAGCAGAGGAAGAUGCCUGGGCGGGGCCAGUGAAGCUAGGGGGCGGGGACAGGGAGGAGGGUGAGGGCGGGGAGGAGGGAGGGAGCCCAGAGGACAACAAGAGAGAGGGGGCUGGAACAGAUGUGGUGCUGAGCACAUUCAUAGCCAACGAGACUGAGAGAGAGAGGGUAGGGGGCUGGAACAGAUGUGGUGCUGAGCACAUUCAUAGCCAACGAGACUGAGAGAGAGAGGGGUGGGCCUGAUGGGGCAGUUGGAGUGGCUGGGAGCAAGGAGGCGGAGAAAUGGGAAGAGAAGGAGCCUCUGUUGUACAUUGAUGAGGGAGUGGAGGAGGGGCUGGAGAAAAUGGAUUCUCCUUCACUUUCAAAAUCUAACUCUGAGAAAAAGACAGGAGGGGGCAACAGAGAGGGGGAAAGUGAAAAAGAGAUGGAGAGGGGAGAAGGGAAUGGAAAGAAAGAAAAUGAUAGUGAAAGAGGUGAGCAGAAUGGAGGAGCGUCAUUCUGUCUGACCACUGCAGUUUAAAAAUUGAACAGUUUUUAAUAAAAAAAAAAUUCCCAGGUGAUAAUUGUAAAGGUUUCUAAUAUUUUUGUACCACUGAAAAGGCCUUUAACAUCGUAUUGAUCUGUGAUUGUGUGUUCUAUCAACAUAACUAAUGGUUGUGUGUAUAGCCAUACGUUUUACCAGUUGUAUUUUGUAUGGUGUUUUUUCUUAACCGUUUUCAGUUUAAUAAAGUUUUAGGAUGUGG